AUGGCGUCGACGUUUUUCUACCUCGCGGGUACCGUGUGCAAGGGGGUGAUUCAGGCGGACAAGGAUCCCGAGGUCAAAAAGCGACGCGCGUUGAGGCAAAAGAUGAAGAACGAGCGCGCGGCGCUCGCGGGGCAGAUGGGAAAAUCCAAGGCGAAGCUGGUGAAGAAGAACCAAUCCAAGGUGCGCUUCAAAGACGUCGCCGGUCAAGACAUGGUGGUGAACGAAUUCCAGACCAUCAUCGACGUCAUGAAGGGCAAUCCGAAAUACAAGGGGCGUUACGUCGAGCCGCCGAAAGGGAUCUUGUUGGAAGGACCGCCCGGCACGGGGAAGACGCUCUUGGCGAAAGCCGUCGCCGGCGAAGCCGGGUUGCCAUUUUUUUACGCCAACGGUUCCGAGUUUGUGGAGAUGUUCGUCGGCGUCGCCGCGAGUCGCAUGCGCAACCUGUUCAAGCGCGCGCGUGAAAACGCGCCGUCGAUCAUUUUCAUCGACGAGCUCGACACCAUCGGUCGCGCUCGCAACGCUGGCGAACAGCGCGACUCGUCGACGUCUGAGCGCGAGCAAGGGUUGAUGCAAAUGUUAGUCGAGAUGGAUGGUUUCGACAACAAGGAGUCCGGUUGUGAGAUCUUGGUCAUCGGUGCGACAAACUUGGCGACGCAACUCGAUCCAGCGCUGCUGCGUUCGGGGAGAUUCGAUCGCACCUAUCACAUCGGCGUGCCGCCGACGUCCGAGGCUCGCAUGCCGAUUUUGCAAGUGCACGCUCGCAACUUAAACAUCGACCGCGGAGGUGACGACAAGUACGAGAGCGAUGCCUUCUUACAUCGCGUUGCCGAUCUCACCACCGGCUUCUCCGGCGCCGAGCUCGCGAACGUGCUCAACGAAGCCGCCAUCUUGAGCGUUCGCGAAGGCAAGGACUCCAUCGAUAUCAACGACAUAGAAGCCGUUUUGGAAAAGCAAGCCGUCGGUCUCAUCAGCGCUCCGCUGGACGAUGGUUGGGGGAAAGAGCACUUGGCCAUCAUCGAAGCGGCCAAGGCUGUGAUUUAUUCCGCUCGCCCCGAGCUCGGCCCGGAGCUGCUGCAAGUCUCCAUUCGCCCUCGAGGAACGCAAAUGUCUGGCCUCAUCUUGACGGAGCGCUCGAGCGAAGCCGAAGCCGAGAUUCGCACCAGGAUAGGUCCGGACACGCUGGGUUUGUACAUCGACGCUCUCGCCGUGACGUUGACUGGUCGAUGCGCAGAGUUGCACUUUUUCGGUCCCGACGGUGUGUCCAUUCGAACGAAUGAAGAAGUUUCCGCGGCGGCGGAGAUGGCGUUCGACAUCGUCACCACGUCGGGUCUGUACCCGGAUAGCAAGUUUGCGCCGCACUUCGAUAUGGCCAUGGUUCACCAGCUCAGAAUUCCUCGAGAAAAUAUGGAAAAAGGCACGCUCGAUGUCAUCCUUCGCGCGCACACCAAGGGCAUGGAACUCAUUAAGGAGUAUGCGCCGCUCAUCGAACGCGUCGCGAACGAGCUCAUGGAGAACGAACGCUUGUACGGCUCCACGGUUCGCGCAAUGGUGAAGAAAUACCAGCAAGAAGAACUAGGCGGCAACUUUACGCGCACGCCGUCGUUCUACGAAAGGGCGGCGAUGAAUAGCGCAUCCAGCAAUUAG